AUGGAGACAGCAUCGAUUCUCUCCGCCACGAAGGGCGAAAAACUGAAGGAUGAAACGCAAUGGCGUACCUGGUUCACGAGAGUGAGGUCGUACGCGAGGCAGAAAGGUGUAUGGGAGCUGUGUGACCCUGAAGCUGUGAUGGCUGAGAUCGCUGCUGUAUCUACCGCGAUAGAGAAGCCACCAAUUCGGCCCGACCUCCUUACCGAACCGACAGUCCCCGAGUAUCCCGAGGAGGGGGAUGCAGAGGAAAAGAAAACCUGGAGAGAUCGGAUGGACCUUUUUAAAAUCAAGUAUGCCCGAUGGCAAAGCGAGGCGAAAGGACUGGCCGAUGUCAACGAGUAUAUCUUGAUAUACCUAGACCCGGUACACCAUCUAGCUAUUAUACCGCUGGAGACGCCUUAUGAGAGACUGGUCUAUUUGAAAUCCCGUUUCGCCCAGACGGUCACGUACCGAGAAGAGAUUCGAAUGAAAUGGAGAUAUUUCUCUACCCAAAGACCAACGGGAGAUAUCGAGCAAUGGAUCCAGAAGUGGGACUCGAUGAGAGAAUUGACGAUUAGUCUUGGAAUCGAUGAUAGUAAUCCGAAUCGAGACUUUGUAUACGCAGUAAAGGACGUACUGCCAAUGUGGUGGCAAGCACAAUACCAGGACAUUGUCGCUGAUGGGAAGCCGGUCGAUACUCGAGUCCUUAUCGAGUCCUUCCGUGCGAUGAACAACGAUAUUGGUGUGAAGACAGUGUCGUCGACAAACGCCCCGAAAAGCGCAUUCUCUACCUGGCAAGGUUAUCAAGAAGCGAAGCCGGAUACCCCGUACGAGAAACGGAGGUGUCCCUGCGGCGAUAGGCACCCACAGCAUUCUGUGCGUACGUGCUGGACUGUGAAUGAAGCAAUCCGCCCGGAAGGGAAGCCUAUAGACCAGAGAAAGGUGGACCGCGCAAAUGAGCAACUGUCAAAGGAUCCAGGAUGGAAGAAGUGGGUGGACAAGACGAUAGCAGGAGCUAAACCGAAAGCCGACCGGCCCGAGCCGAAGGUUGAAUCGGCCAAUGUCCUAACCAGCUUUAUUACGAUGACGAAGCAUGCCCUAUCCGCUAGCGAGGUGUCGCUUCGAGAUAGAUGGAUCCUCGAUUCGGGAUCGAGCGCGCACGUGUGCAAUAACAAGGACCUAUUCAUUAACCUUCGGCCCGACGCGAUAGAAUUGAAGACGGGAGAUGGAUCUACCCGAGUACUCGGUCGAGGCACGGUCCGCUUGAUAGGAAAGCACCCCCAGAGGGGACGAAUGGAGAUCACGUUAAGCGACGCACUCUAUUCGCCGACGUUUCACACCAACCUGGUGUCGUACGCGCAAUUGAAGAAGAAGGGUGGCACGUGGUGCCAGGAGACGAACUGUAUCCGAGACCCUAAUAAGAACCCGGUCGUUAGCGUACGAUUAUGGGACCAAUUUGAUCUAUGGAUUUUUGACCAGCCCGACGAAGCGCUCCCCCCACAGCAAGCAUUCGCUGCUACCCCGCAAAGAGCAGCAUCGACACCGAGGAAGUCAGUCAAGACGCAGGAAUCGAAGGCUUCGGUGGAGCUCUGGCAUAGAAGCGACGUCGGGAUCGAGAUCGGUACCGAUAGGAGAAGAAGCACCACUGUGCGCGACGUGUUGUAUCGGGAGGGCACCGAGACAGAUCUCUCGACGGCCUAUAGGACGCACGUUUGGACGAUUCGGAAGGAUUCAUUUCGAUCUGAUACAGCUACCGCCAGCAUGAAACCAGAGUGUCAGUUAGCUAUCAACCAGUUUGUUGAACUAGCUAAGAAUCAGUGGAAUUUGCCUAUCAAGGCAUUUCACUACGACAAUGAGCUUUCAGCAGGCAAGAAGGCCGAAUACAGUCUAACGAGCGACGGUAUCCUAAUCUAUCAUACCCCGCCAGCACACGCGGAAAUGAACGGAUACGCCGAGAGAUCUGGUGGCAUGAUAAUCGUCCGAAUGCGGAUGCUAGCGCUCGAAGGGAAGCUUCCGAAGGAAUUAUGGCCCUAUUUCGCCGGUGCCGCCGUGUGGAUGCUGAACCGUACCCCGACGUACAUUGCUUCCGAGAAUCGGUGGAUCAUACCGUGGGAGGAAGUGCGGAAGGAGUUCUUAAAGGGCGCGAUUCCACCCCGAAUCAAUCUCGCGAAAGUGAGGUUAUACGGAAGCUUAGCGUACUGUCGAAUUGAACACCAGGUGAAGUCAGAUAAGAUGAAUCCUCGCGCAGAAGUUGGAUUCCUAGUUGGAUACGUGGCGUCCAAUAUCUAUCAGAUCUGGUUUCCACACUCAGGAAAAGUGAGGCAUAUCAGGGAUGCUAUCAUAGAUGAAUCUCGUAAAUACACACCGGAUUAUGAGAAAUUCCAGCCGAUUCCUAUGCCGCUAGCCAAGGAGCCAGAAGAGAUCUCACUCGCUGAGAUUACCGAACUGGUAAACCGUGAAUUAGCGAGUCGGGAACCUGUCGGGAUACUGGAAAGGACUCGCGAGGAAGAUGACCAGGAAGAUCGCGAGCAGCAAGCUCCCCCACCACCAGAAGCCCCGCGGGAUGAAGACGAAAACGAAGAUAACGAGACCUUUCGGCCCGAAGAUAAAGAAAAUGAGGCUAUUCGCACCACCCUAAGUCAGGAGGUGAGAGAUACUACCCCACCUCAGGGGGUGAGUACCCAGGCAAGCAUGCCUACCCCGAUAGGACCGCCGAGAAUGGCGAUAGGUGAAAUCCAAGAGAGAAGCGAACCCCAGAAAGCAGUGCCAGGUGCUUUCCCGGCCGAGGACCUACCCCCGCUGCCGAAUACGCCUCCGCACGAGCCCGAAUCGGACGCUGACCCUGGUCAGGGGGUGGAUAUAGGUGAUCAGGAUGAUCAUCUAAUAGAAGACCAGGCCCAGCAAGAAGAAGAUCGGACCAAUGAAAGUGAAGAGGACGAUCUAGAAAGACAGCUACAAUCUGAAUUGCUAGCACCAAGCAGAGAAAUCAACAGCAGUGUAGACGUCAGUAACAUACUGACAGGAAGUCGUACGCGCAGAGCACGAAGAGAUGACGAUUACGCCUACGCGACUACGAUCAAGAUAGCUCCAGAAGGAGAAGAACCGCCCGCCUUCCUACACGCUUUCGCGGCAGGUUUAUACGCCGAGAAACCAGACACCCGUCGUCACCGAGACGACCUUCCACCGCCCCCGAAACACUGGAAAGAGGUCCUGAAUCACCCUUUUCAGCAAGGAUUUCUCGCAGCAGCAGCGAAGGAAAUAAGGUCGUUAGCCGAGAAAGAGACGUUUGAGGUUAUCGAGAAACCAAGAGACCGAGGAGUACAGAUACUGCCGUUAAUGUGGGUCUUUACCUACAAAUUUGAUGCGGACGGAUACCUGGUGAAGUUCAAAGCCCGCAUUUGCGUACGUGGAGACCUCGAAACGAUCACGUACCAGGAAAAGAGAGCUGCGACACUAGCAGCAAGGACCGCAAGGAUGAUCUUCGCUUUGGUCGCCGCAUUUGAUCUGAAUCUGCGACAGCGGGACGCUGUUACCGCGUUCUUGAAUAGCAAGCUGGAGCAAGAGACGUACUCGCAUAUGCCAGAAGGAUUUCAGAUCCCAGGGAAGUGCUGGAAGUUACGGCGAGCACUGUACGGACUACGGAUCUCGCCGAGACUAUGGCAGCAAGAAGCUUCGAAGGUGCUACGAAAGCUAGGACUAAAGCAAGCACCCGAGGAUCCCUGUGUGUUUACUGGGGAUGGAAUUUUAGUCUUCUUUUACGUGGAUGAUAUCUUAAUUGCUAGUCAUCCUGACGUCAAGAAGCAGGCUGACCAGCUGGAAAGAGAUCUGGAAUCGCACUGGGAACUGACAGAUCAUGGAGAAGCAGCAUGGUUUUUGAAUAUCCGGAUACUCCGAGAUAGAAGACAAAAGAAAUUAUGGCUAUGCCAAGAUAGCUAUGUGACAAGCAUCGCGAAUCGAUUCAAUCUGAUAGACCGACCACCGGUCUAUACACCACUGCCUAUCGAAGAAUUGACUCCCUACACGGGUGCCGCAACCCCACAGGAGAUCCUAUUAUACCAGAAGAAAGUGGGAUCCGCAGGGUAUGCGACGACGAUCACCCGACCCGACGCUGUAAAAGCGACCGCACGAUUAGCUCAAUUUUUGACAAAUCCUGGACCGGAACACCAGAGAGCUGCUGAUAGAGUCAUUACGUAUUUGUAUACCACGCGAAAUCUCGCGAUCGAGUACAGUGCCGAGGUCGAAAUGGACUCGAUUCAGUUCGCUAGCGAUGCUUCGUACGGAGACCACCAGGACAGGAAGAGCUCCGCAGGGUAUAUUUGCCAGGCGUACGGAGGCCCGGUCGACUGGAAAGCGACUAAACAGCCGACCGUAACGACGUCCACCACGGAAGCCGAGCUGCUCGGGCUAUCUGAAGCCGGAAAGCAGGUUCAAUGGUGGCGCCGACUACUCGAAAGCCUUGGUUUUAUUCCAUCCCACCACCUGACGAUCGAUUGCGACAACGAAAGGACGAUUGGAUUAUUGACGAGCGAAGACACGGCGUUUGAAACGAAGCUUCGGCACGUGGAUAUUCAUCGGCACUGGCUUCGGCAAGAAGUUCGGGAAGGAAGGAUUCGCGUGCGAUGGGUAGCGACAGCGAGCAUGGUUGCCGACGGACUGACGAAGCUGCUAUCUCGGCAGAAGCACGAGAAUUUUCUCAGGAUGCUGAGGAUGGUAGAUAUCAGCUAUAUGCUGGUUUAG